GUCAAUAGCGUCUCGUGAUUCAUUCUGAAACGAUCGAGCUGUUUGUCCCAAUGUUCUGAUAUCAGGAUCGGCUAGGUGGGAACAUGCCGCCCCCCCUCUCCUUACAAGUGGUGUGGAAGUGGCCCUGAAAGUGUCGACUUAUCUCUCCCAAUAUGAUUCACUAUGAGGCUUAACUUUGUUGUUACACAUUACUCUUAGUGCUAACCCCGCACUCUCCCCAAAGUCUAGUAUUCGGGAAAAACAGAGAUAAGAGAUCACCAUAACUCUCGCUAAUCAUUGUCUUUGGGGAACACUUGAGCGAUUGUGACCAUCGUGUUAGGAACAUCAUGUUGAAGUAUGGGGGCUUCAAAAUGAUUCGCAGUUUCUAUCAAACCUUGGACGUGAUCUCCGAAAAGGUGGUCAAGUACUCCUUGGUACAUGGCCAUCAAAGUGACAAAUUGAAAAAGGCCAAUGAUUUUGAAAACUGCGCCCAUGUGUGUGAGAUCUUGUGGAAAGCACGGAAAAUCGAAUUGGAGGAUCCGCGAAAACAGAACUUUAUGUUAAGGCACGAAUCAUACACUCAUCCGAAUGUUAUCUUCGAGGACGGGGUCACGCUCUUGACACUAACUCCCACCCACGCCAUUUUCGCCAAAUGCCCCGAAGACAUCGAUGUUCAUGCCCACUCCACGGGGCCGUUUUUUUAUAUCAACCAAUUCAAUCACUGCAAGCAUCUGAUCCUUAUACCUUUGAACCUUUUCAUUGCGCUCACCAAUGACGUGGAUGCCCUGCCCUUCAAUCCGGAGUCGGUCAGCUAUGUGCUUCUCUCUAACACGGGUCGAUGCGGUUCAACUCUGCUCACGCAACUAUUCGAGGACAAAGUAAAAAACGCGGUCGCAAUUUCGGAACCAGAUUUUGUUAUGGCCAUGGUGACCAAUCAUGAAAAUAUCAAUUAUGCCUUCCGCCAAAAACUGAUCCGAGGUUGCGUUUUCGCGCUGACGGCCUCGGCGAUUCGGCGAUUCAAGCACGAUAAUCCAAAAAAUCAGCACUAUAACGUCCUUAUCAAACCUAAAGCUCACGGGAUAGCACUAACCCCUGAGCUCGCGCAGGCUUUUCCCUCAAUGAAGCAUCUCUAUCUAUAUCGUCAUCCCAUCGAAUAUUACAAGUCACUGAAGGCUGUUUACAGAGCCCUAUUGCAUCCGCUGGUCGACAUCUUGAUGAUGAAGCUCUCUAUAAAAAUGGAGCAAGAUGAGUUUAUCUUGAGUCAAUUUCCAUUCGCCAAUCGAUCGGACACUAAUGAGCAUCUCCAAUUGAUGAAGGGUGCACUGAACGCGUAUUCGAGCAAGCAGAAAACGGUCCUUCUCAUAGGCCUUUACGUGGCCAAUCUUCUGAGUAUCAAACAUCAGGCUAAAGAGUUGGGAAUUGACUUCAAAGUCAUCAGCUUCCAGGAGCUGAAAGACACUCCAGAAAUUGUUUUCAAAGACGUUAUCGACUUUUGCGGAAUCGCGAUAAACGAAGACGCCAACUUUAAAGCACUGCCUGAUUCGGAUAGUCAGCAAAACUCGGUUCUCAGUCGAUCAAAUCUAUCUAAUUAUCAGACACCAGUUACAGACCAAGAGAAGAAGCUGAUUGACGCGCUUCUUCAGAUUUGCCACUUACCUUCAAUCUUGGAGUUUUCAAAUCACAGUCUGGAGUUUCAAAAGCAACUCCAGCUCUAAUCGCAUUCACUCCAAGGGUCUCAUGGGACAUCUACGUCUGAGCUGGAAUGUGGAUCCAGAUAUGUCCCAGAAAAAAGAAAAUUGUGAAAACCAAAGUUGUGUUAACAACCCUCUUACCAACUCACGAGAUGUGAUUACCUUACUCAUACAGUAGUUUUCCAAAUCACCUCUGUUGCCUGUCAAUCCCCCAUAACAUUUGUUUCGAGUACAUCGUGUUAUAUUUCUGAACAGUUAGUUUUAUAAGCCUA